GACAAUUAAUGUUUGAUGAUCCGGGUUUAUCACAGUAAGCGGAAACAGGUGGACCGUAAAAGUCAAGACACAUCUUCUCGCAUUUUUUAGCAUCGCAUGGAACCAUUAAUGGCCAGAAUACAGGACAAGUUUUCUUCUCCUAAUUCAUUCUCAUCUCUCUGGCACCUCAAACAAUUAAGAAAUACAUAAGGAAUUUGUGACAUAUUUAUAUAUAAUUACAUCUAAAUUACUCACUUAAGAUCAAUGAAAACUGGGAGGUUCCUUCAUGAUUAUGCAGGUUUUGAUAAAUUCUAUAGUAAGUGGGACGUUUUGUUUUGUCUAGGUGAAACUGUGUGUAAAGAAAAUAUAGGAUUUUUUGUUUGAAAAAGAUGCUUUUCUGUUAUAAGAAUAGUUUAACUAGGAAAAUAUUACAAUUUGUCAAAGUGAGAGAUUGGGACUACAUUAAGGUUAAAAUCUUUGUAAUUUGGUUAAUGAAAGUUGUUGUUCCGUAAAAAAAAUGGAAGAAAUUAAUUUUGGAAUAUUUAUAAGAAAAUGAAAUUCAUUUCCUACAUUUCUGGCUACGAUUACUUGCAUGUGAACGUGACCCAAGAAAAAUGAUUAGACGGUAUGCUGAUAAAAGCGAGAAACUAAUUGAAAAAUAUCAACCAACCAGUUGAAGUAAUUAUCAAAACGCAUGUUUUCAGCCAUUGAGAAACAAAGUGUAUAAAUUCAAACGCAAACGCUGAAAGAAGACAAGCGUCCGAAGAAUGCGAUUUGCGACCAAUAAAACAAGAAUGAAAAGGACGUUCACGUGGACCUACCCGCAGCGUAUAAGAACCUCUCUCACUCUCCACCAUCACCACUUCUCUCACUAUAACUGCAUCCCCCACUCUAACAAACCCAAACGAGUUUCCAUUUUCAAAUUCGAAUUUCAAAUUUUCAUCGGAGAAGUUUCGUCGAUGAAGGUGAUCGCGUCGAGAAACUCAAAGCGUAAGGCUGGGGCGACGCCGUUCGCCGCGAAGAACCUUCCGUCGAUGAGUUCGAUCCGGAAGAGAGCUCUGAUCUCUCCACUAUCCGCUGCUUCCGGCUCCAAUUUGCUUUCUGCAGUCGAUGACAAUGUCUCAUGCGGUUCCAGCAGAGUCGAGGAGAGCUCGAAGCUGAAGAAGAUUCGAAUCGAAGAGGAAGAAGAAGAAGUUUGGGGACCUGCUGCUGAUCCGAAGCUUCGGAGGAUCACGAGGUCAUACUCUAAGGUAACCAAGGAGAAGGAAGGAGACGAGAUCGAAGUAAGCGAAACGUCCUUCACACGAUCCGACGUGACGUUUGCCGAGAAUAAGGAGAGCGACGUCGUUUCGGGAGUAGAGUCUUGCUCCAAGUUCGGGAGCGUAACCGGAGGAGGAGGAGGCGAUUACGAAGAAACUGAAAUCUCCAAACCGAGCGGACACGUGGAAGCGAAGACGGAGUUUGAGACAAUCGGAUUCGUCUCCGAUCUCGCUUGCGAAGAGACGUUCUCCGACGAAGAGGAUGAGUCGUCGGAGAUAUUUUCACAGUACUCAUCGGAUUACACUUCUUCAGUUUUUUCCGACUCUGGCAGCGAGUUCUCGGAGAGAUCUAGCUCUGAUGAUUCUCCUGUUUCACAUACUCGCUCUCUGUACCUCGCGUUCAAGGAACAGUUCUGUAGAUCCACGAUCCCUAACGAUCUCGAAUCCUCUCGCGAAGAACUAAGCCGUGAAACUCAAUCUGACCUGCUAAGGUUUGAAGAUGAAGAGGUGGAAGAGAGCUAUCAAAGGCUGAGGGAAAGAGAGAGAAGUCAUGCGUAUCUGCGUGACUGCGCUAAGGCUUACUGCUCCAUGAUGGAUCAUGCUGAUUUCAUCCCUCAGCUACGCUUGAUCAUGGUUCAAUGGAUUGUGGAGCAAUGCUCUGCAAUGGAGCUUCAGCCAGAGACGUUGUUUCUAGGAGUUAGUCUGCUGGAUCGUUUCCUGAGCAAAGGAACCUUCAAAAGCGAGAGGACUCUAGUACUAGUCGGGAUUGCGAGUCUUACUCUAGCCACCAGAAUUGAAGAAAACCAACCUUACAAUAGCAUCCGGAGAAGGAACUUCUACAUCCAGAACCUAAAGUACAGCCGGCAUGAAGUGGUGGCAAUGGAGUGGCUGGUUCAAGAAGUUCUCAACUUCAGAUGCUUCUCACCCACAAUCUUUAACUUCUUAUGGUUUUACCUAAAAGCUGCACGAGCCAAUCCGGAAGUUGAAAAGAAAGCAAGAUCCUUGGCCAUAACCUCACUAUCCGAUCACACUCAACUCUGUUUUUGGCCCUCAACUGUAGCAGCCGGGGUUGUAGUUCUCGCCUGCAGUGAACACAACAAAAUCUCAGCCUACCAACGAGUCAUAAAGGUUCACGUUAGAACAAAAGAUAACGACCUGCCUGAAUGCGUCGAGAGCCUGGAAUGGUUGCUUGAGCAGUAAGCAAUCCACAAGAACAAAUUACACCACAAACCAAAUACAGUAUACUCCAAUACGAACUCACAGGUUAUUAUUACCAUUUACGCAACGAACCUUUAUAAGGUAUAUAACAAGCCAAUGCCUCUACAGAUUUAUAUGCUUAAUCUCUGGACUUUAAUUAGCUCUUGUCUCUGCAUUACUAGUACCAAUUAUCAGGCCACAUUUGUGCUGCCACACACAUUUAUUGCUUAUUUUGUCCAAUACAUUACAAUCUCAUUUUAUUAAAACUUUUUUUUCCUAUUUCUUCUUUAAUAAGGUGUGAAAGACUUCUUAUAUUUUCAGUCAUCACUGUCAUUUUUAUA